AGUAGAGGUAGCAACAGACAUACAUCUAUAACUGUCGACCAGUUUUAGGAUUUGAAGGAGGGCAUCUGAAUGAAAAGAAAAGUCAGAAAAUAAAAAAAAGAAUGUGAGAGAAACAAAACAAAAACGACGAAAUUAAAAAUAAAACGAGUAAUUUUACAGAUAUGAAAUCAUUUAUAAAGAGGAUAAAAAGAAAUAGAUACUCCAGCGUGUAUAAAUACAGACCAGACAAUACGUCACCAUCAUCAACACCACGCCAAAGUCCAAAUUUUGCCAAAGCUUUGUCCUCGACCAAUAAUUCUUCUGCUGUUGGUGCGACUAUGGGAAAUCCAAAUAAAUUCUUAUUACCGAAGAAUCUAGAAACUGAAGACCAGCAUUAUCCAUCAUGUUGUCUUCAUUUUCCUCACAAUUUACCAGGAAUACCAUUUCCAAACGGGAAAAUACAAUCGGAAAUCAAAUACCCGAAGUAUAUGUGUACAUGUGCACAUCAUAAUAUUCGUAAUAAUCAUUAUAACCCUAUGACAUUUAUUUCGAAGGAACUUUCCGAUAACUGCACUGAAAGUAGUUGCGAGGCAAGUGAUCUAACGCCAAGAGAUCUUAUGCAUACGUGUUACGGUUUUGGUCAAAUGAAAGAUAAUGAUUGUAAUAAUAGUGAUUGCGAUAGUUUAAGUAUUACAUCUUACUCAGAUAUAUCAGAAUUCGAAUACUCCGGUAAAGACAUCCCAAACGAUGAAUCAUUAAAUGCGGGGAUAGAUUAUAUGAACCCCUUCCAAAAUGGUUUUAUGAUUCCAGAUGACCAUGAUCCGACAAAUUGUGAAUUAGAAUACAUUAUGUCUGAUACCUAUCAAGACAUACCUCAAUUUAAAUCCAAAUCAAGCAUGAUGCGUCAUAUCUUCUUUCCAUAUCCAUCCCAGUAUAACAACGAGAGACACUUCGACUUGGCUGAAAAUCAGCUUUCUGGGAAAAGGGAUUUGGGGAAGCGAGGUGGACUGCUGAAGCCGAUAGAAAAAACAAUGAAGGAUAGAACCAUGUUAAAACCAAUCAUGAGGUCAAAUACAUAUUUUGAACAAGAAUCAUGUAAACGGAAGAACAACACCGCUAAUACAAGGCAGAGACAAAGAAUAUAUUUUUGUGACGCGAGACGAGACAAAAGUGUCAUCAAAAAUCCGAACUCCAACAAAAACAUUGUGUUCACAUCGGAUGCAAUUUCAAUUGGAGACCACAUAGGAAUUUCACCUGAUUUUAAAGAGAAUUUGCCAAACCAAGUCAACUAUGAAUAUGAGAGUAAAAACGUUUCACUAAAUGGUAAUCGAGUUUUCCAAUGCUACACUUCUUCAGUUGACGAAGUAGAAAAUUCAUUGGAAAACAGAGAUGAUAGAAUACUCUUCGGCAACAAAGAAAUCAACAGUCUUAUCAACACUAUGAAUGCUACUUCAAAUGGUCUAGGAGCAGAUUGUUUACCAAAUAUAUCAUUAUCUAAAACAUUUAAAGUCAUAUCCAGUGAGCAAAACUCACCUGAUCCUGUAACAGCAUAUUCAGCUCCACCAAAUACCAAUUAUAUAAAGAACACUAGCAAAUUCUCUUCCAUUUUUGACACGUUUUUAUGCUGCAAAAGAAAAAUUUAAGAUAAAGUUAUUAAAAUGAAAUUUUGUCGUCACAUUCAUA